CAGUUUAUUUUGAAAACUUACAGAUGUAAUUUGUUUUAUUGUGGACAAAUGAAGUAGUUCUGUGGAAAAGGAAAUCUCUUAUAAAUAAAUGUUUAAUAUGAAAUUUUGAAUAGUUGAGCUACACUCAGAUUUACAAUAAUGGCUAAGUGGAAAUUAUGCCGGCAAAUAUUUGGGAAUGAAGAGUUUGAAUUUUCUGAAGGUGAUGAAGUUCGAAUUGGCAGAGGACUGGAUAAUACAAUUACACUUUCAAGUAUAGUAAUAUCGAGAAAUCACUGCUUAAUAAAUGUUAAAAGUGAAGGAGUGUUUAUCACAGAUCUUAAGAGUUCAAAUGGAAUAUAUGUCGGAUUAAAAAAAAUACCACCAAAUAUACCAUAUCAAUUAUCAGAAACUGAUCUGAUAGGCUUUGGAUGGACAAAUGGUGUUUCUUUAGUAGAAAUUAAGAAUUCUGAGAAAUAUGUGUUUAAGUUAGUGAAGUGUGCAGGAUCAAUUAUUAGCAGAAUACAAUUUCAAAGUAAUAGUGAUGAUGAAAUAGAAGCCAAAAUUUCAAAAUACAAUUCAAAAAAACUAAUACCUUUAAAUAAUAUGUUAGAGUCUCCAUCUAAAGAUACUAAGUUAUCAUUAAAACGCAAAAUUAAUGAUGAGCUCAACAAUAUUAAUGUGAAAAACGAACCAACAGACAAUGAUGUUAUCAAUAUUGUAUCUGAUAGUGAUAAUGAAACAAAAUGUACUGAAAAAAAAAUUAAAGUAAUUCCUAAAAUUGAUGAUGUAAUUGAGGAGAAUAUAAAAUAUGAAAAUGAAGACUUUGAGUAUGAAGCAUUUAAUGUCAAACAAGAGUAUUUAGGAUAUGAUGAUGAGCCAAUUCAAAUUGAUAGUGAUAGUGAUAGUGAAUCAGAACAGUGGUUCUUAAGACUAUCACAGAAUUCUCCUGGAAAACCUUUCACUAAAAUUGAUCAAAAAAGUUUAAAUUCAGAUAUAUCUAAAUUUAAAGACAUAAAAUCUAAUGAUGACGAAGUAGACUUUAUUGAUGACAUAAUUACAAUACCUUCUGAACCUCCAAAACUACCUAUUAGUGAACUAAAACUACCAGAAACUGAAGGCGUCACUGAAACAACUGACCCAGAAAUCUUUCCUGACAAUGAAAUAAAUGUACCAGAAAAAGAUUUACAUUUGACAAUAUUAUCAGAAGCAAAAGAAAAAGAAUCUGAGAAAAAUCCAUUAUAUGAAGUAUGUAAUGAAAAUAAUAUACCAGAAAUAGAAAAAGUUAUUAUGCCCUCUUGUCCGGUGCAACAGAAUUCUAAUAUACUAAUAAAAAAGGCACAAAUGAUAGAACCUCUAGUUCAAUUAAACAAAAGGAAAUCUAACUACUCACUAACAGAAAGUAAAUCAAAACGCAGCAAUAAAAAGACAAAGUCGAAACACUCAUCGUCGUCUGUAAAGAAAGCGAUAACAAGCUCCCAAAAAGAAGAGCGAAAAAGGAAACUUAAAGAAAUUGCGGACAAGGAAAAAAAAGCUGAUGAUGAUAGUAUAAAAUCAACAAACAAUACUAACAAGAGUGUGAAUAAUGUUAGAUUUACUAAUUCUAAUCGUGGUGCAUUUUUAACUGAUGCUGUAAAUAUUGUGGCAACAGUAAAACCUAUGAAAAGAAGAAAUAGUCAAGAAAAAGAUAAAAAUAAAGUACUUUCAAAAGAUUCUGUAGCAACAAAAGAGCAUUCUAAUUCAAAUAAGUCACUGGAUAAAAGUAAAAAUCAUGAGAAAUCUAAAUCAGUGACAAAUAUUCCAGUUAGCUUAACAAAAACGAAAACAAUAGAUAAAGAUACUGUGACUGAGACUACAAGUAAAAUUUCCAACAAUAAUGAGUCUCGAAAAAGCAAAGACUCAGACCACAGAAACUUAAAACCUCAAAAAGAGAAUAAGGACUUGCUGGCACAAAAGCCAAUUUUGAUGGUAGAACCUCUACCUAAAACAAAGCCUAAAAAGCGGGUUCGUUUUUCUGAUGCUGCGCCUAUCGUACAUGUUUUCGAAAUAGAACCUGGUAAAGAACUGAAAAAGACAAAUUCAGUAAAAACGAGAUUGUUGGAUGUACAACAACAGCCUAUAUACUCUUUAGAAAAGAUAACUCUGAAAAGAAUCCUGGACUGGAAACCUCAUUGGUUAAAUGUACAGGUUGGCACAGAACAUAUUUUAGGUCAUAAUCAACCCCCGAUGACGAUAUUCCAUUCUUUUAACAGCCACAGCCAAUACACACAACUUGUUGGAGAUUUACUUCUUAUUGAAAUUUGGGAAUGUAUAACACAGUCAUAUAAAAAAAUACAAAAUCUGCAAAAUAAAUUACAAUUAAAAUUUGAGUCUUUGAGAUACUUUGAAUUACUACUUCACCUGAAUGUAAACAUUUCGUUAGCGACAUCAGAAAAAAAUAAACUACCUAGAGUAGGUGAAAUAAUGAUGCUUGAGUUUGGUCCCGCAAAUAACAGGCACUGCAGAUUUUUUUUCGUACAUAACGUACGAUGUCUUCCAACACCACAAAACAGUAAAAAUUUACUCUUUACUGUGGCUCUCCAUGCUUCACAUGAUAAUAUACCCUUGCCUUUAAAUCCUGGUGAUAUAAUGACAGGGCGUACUUUGGCAUAUAUAAAUAAAGAGUUAUUGCUAUUUGAAGCUAUGGAAUACUUGGCCGGGUCACCACUCUGUCAAGCUAUUUUAAAACCUGAGCCAUGUCAUUAUCAAGCAAAUAGUUGUGAUAAAACAAUCAAUAUCAACACACAGUGGACAGCGACAUUAAACUCUAGUCAGAAAUUAGCAGUUACACAUUCUGUAUCGGCGGCACUUGGAAAUAGGUCCAGCAUACAAAUGGUACAAGGACCUCCUGGAACAGGGAAGUCAAGUGUCAUAUGUGCAAUUGUCAUGAGUUAUUUAUACGUCGCCACAAAUAAAAAGCAAGACCGCGGAAAAAUAUUAAUUUGCGCAACGAGUAAUGCUGCAGUGGAUGAAUUAGUAAUCAGAUUACUGAACAUCAGACAAAGUCUACCUAAAGAGCAGCGGUUCCGCAUGGUGCGCGUGGGGCGCGCGGAGGCGAUGAACCCGCGCGCGCGCGACGUGAGCUCGCAGCAGCUGGCGCAGCGCGACGCGGCGCGCGCGCGCUCCGACGCGCCGCCCGGCCGCGACGAGGAGAUCGCACAUUUGCAAGCCAGGAUUAACAUGUACAAGGCACAAAUUGAAGAUGCAAAGGACCCUGCUCAAAAGGCCUUCUACCUAGGAAAAGUGGAAAAUCUUAAUAAAAGGAUAUCCCUGCUGCGUGGCGGCGAGCUGAGCGCCGAGCGGCUGGUGGCGGCCGAGCGCCGCAUCGUGGACUGCGCCGACAUCGUCGUCACCACGCUCGCCAGCGCGCACAACUACAAGAUGAAGGGGCUCAAAGGUCGAAUAGCACUGUGCAUAGUGGAUGAAGCAGGACAGGCAAUCGAGCCCGAGACUCUCAUUCCGCUCACACUUGACGUCACGCACCUCACACUCAUCGGGGACCCGCAGCAACUGCCCGGCUUUAUCUGUUCUCAGCGCGCGAAGGAGUUGGGCCUGGGCGAGAGCCUGUUCGCGCGGCUGGCGGGCGCGCUGGGCGCGGGCGGCGGGCCCGUGGUGCUGCUGGACCGCCAGUACCGCAUGCACCCCGCCAUCGCCGCCUACCCCAACCGAGCCUUCUACGGCGGCCGCGUGGCCAGUGUGGCGCCGCCCCCCGUCGGCCUCGGCCUGCCGCCCUACACGCUGCUCGCUGUCUCCGGCGGACGGGGACAAGGUACGUCGGGCGCGAACUGCACGGAGGCGUGGGGCGUGGCGCGGCUGGCGGCGGCGCUGGCGGGCUCGGUGCGCGCGCGCGGCCUGUCGCUGGCCGUCAUCACGCCCUACAGCGCGCACCGCGACCUGCUGCGCGCCUGCCUGCGCGACCUCGACCCGUCCGCGAUCCCGGUGGAGGUGAACACGGUAGACAGCUUCCAGGGGCAAGAGCGCGACGUGGUGGUGGUGUCGCUGGCACGCAGCCGCGGCGUGGGCUUCCUCACGGACGCCGGCCGCAUGAACGUCAUGCUGACGCGCGCCAGGCACACGCUGCUCGUGUGCCUCGACCCGGCCGCCGUGCAGAACAAUUUCCAAUGGCAGACGCUAAUUGACGACGCACGGGAAAGAGGGGUUUACAAAACACUGCCACUUAACAUCUGUCGACAUCCAUCGGUGCGGUCAAUAACUAAUGAAGACGUUCUGCAAUAUGUGAAAAAUACGUAAGCUGUGAAUUACGAUCAGUGAUAUGACUAUACCAAAAUUUAUAAAUUUUAAUACUAAGACAAUUUUGAUUAAGCCAAGUUCAUUCACAAAGGUAUUUUAAAUGGACUAAAUAAAAUGUAUAAUAUUCGUUGUUUAAGGAAAUUCGGUGUUGAUUGAAUGAGUUCCACUGUUUCGCAAUUUUUUGAUCUGGUUUUUAAUUUCAAUUGUUAUUUUUUUACAUGUAGAUUAUGAUGAACAAUUGAGUAAGAAAUGGCCAGCUACCAGAGUAAAGUUUGCAAAUAAUAAAAUUAUCACAAUUAAAAUUCAAUUUAUAUAUGCGAAAGUAACUUAUAAGAUAAAAAUAAUGUCUUCAAUGAUGUAUUUUUGUAACAAAAUGAACAAGAAUUUAUGCAUAGCU